AGCGAGACAAAUAUAUGUUUUCUCACUUUAACUUAUUGCACUAUUUCAGCGGCGUAGCGAAAACGAACAGACCUUUUGUUAGUAAGGUGAAAUUUACUGUGUACCGGUGAAUCUGCGGGGGUUCAAAUCAGAGCGUUUCCAGCGAUUACGUACAGUGAACUUUCAUUUUUCACAGUUUCUAUAAAAAAAAGAAAAAAGUCUGUCGGCAGCCCGCGAGUGCGCUUGCGGGGCCUUCACUCAUUAUUGAACCCGCAUAUUUUUGUUGAAGUUCUGUCUCGGACGCAUAAUCUACAUUUUUUGAAUACUUAAUACCGGUUUUUGGGGAUCCUCUUUGACCGGAAUUCUGGGAUCAUUGUUGAGAGAGAGAGAGUUUCUGUAAGAAACGAAACGUCUUUCCUACACGGAACUGACAAUAUGCCGAAGAAUAAAGGUAGAAACGCGUUCUAUUUCUUCAUGAUUGAUUGGAAAAAACGUGAAGAAGCACGAGGUUGCACAUUUCCAAACGAUCUUAAAGAUGUGCAAGCGAGUCAAAAAUGUAAUGAGGAAUGGCAGAGUUUAACUAAACAACAAAAAGGUUUGUAUGAAGCAAGGGCUAAAAAGAACAAAAUACAAUCAGAAAGGAAUACAAAUAGUAAGAAAACAACCUUUGGAGAACCUAUAAAGUUUCUUGAAGAGGAAGAAAAGGCUAAGCGAGAAUUCAGAUUAGAUAUGCAUGAGUAUCUAGAAUCAACAAUCAUCAGAGCUGUCAAUCACAAUGUUUUGCCACAGCUGAAAUUCUGCUUCAUACAUGUUAACUGGUUUUUCACAAAAAUUGUUGACAAUAUUACUGAAUAUUUCCCAGCUGAAUAUGCAAUUGGAGUUUUUUCACUCGAGAAUGGUAUCGAAGAUAUCCAUCAUACGAUUGUUAAUGCUCCAAUUCCACUGGGAUAUAAGCGACAAGCACUGGAAACCAGUCGGAGUAAUCAUAAUAUACCUAUAGAAAAUCAAAACGGAGAAUCUAACUUUGCUGUUAUGUAUGAAAAGUUUACUAAUUUUUUGAAGCACAGGAAAAUUGUGGACAGGUAUCCUCCACUUUAUACAAUAAAAGGUUUGACAGGAGCGGUGCAAUCUUUAAUAACAAAAUUAUGUGAUGCAGCAGGACAAGAUAAAGAGCAGUUUCUGAUUUAUGAAAUAGAAUCACUAUUUAAACACUUAGCAGAUGAAGCUUAUAAAAAACGAGCAGAUAGAGAUAUUCAGCAUACUGCUGCUUAUGCUGAAUAUACGUUUACACGUUUAGACUCUAAGUAUUUGUACAAAAGAGGCAACGAAUGUUUGAUCCAUGAAUUUAUGGAAGGAGGAUCUGAAUACUGCAGUAAGUUAGUCCUAUAUCGGUGGGCAUGGGGAAUGUGUGAAGAAUUUUGCGAACCACUCCAAAUAGACAUGAAACCAGGAGUACACUUUCCUGAUGAUACUGAUUGUACCUACAAAUUGAUUACGCAAUCAAUGGCUAAUUUAGAUAUAAAGCUUGAAAUUCCCCAAAUAUCUGAUCAGUGCUCAGUAGUGUCUGCAACAGGCGUAAGGGAGCAACAUAGAAUAAAAGUUUCUGAGAGGACAUAUGAAGAAAAAAUGGUUUUACGGAGUAAGUGCCAGCCAGUAACUGUCGUCGACCAUAGUAAACUGAAUGAACCUAUUAUCGAUGGUAGUGGACAUAAAAAAUUUGAUGAAAGACCAAUGCGAGCACCAAAUACUAUAUCAUACGUAGCUGCUACUAUGGACGAUUACGCCCCAAAGAAUGAUGAAACGAAUUUUCCUCCUAUAGGUGGAAGAGGUGUGUUACACAGAAAAAUUAAGGAAGUAUCAAGAAAAGCAUCUUUAGGCAGAGGUCAAGGUUAUGCGUGAAUAAAAUCUUUAUAACUUUUCUUUACAAACCUUUCUCCAUUGAAUCUUACUAUUGGCAUAAUCAUUUAUUUUAUAUGAUACAAAAUGACAACAUGAUCUUACUUUUACUUUAAUUAUAAUUUAAUAACUUCGUACAUUCUUUU